ACAGUUUCCGGGAUGUCCUGUGCGUCUCACUUAUGUCGUUACACUUUUUACAACCUAAGCAUUACGAAACUUCUAUUAGAUCAAGUUAACCUCACAUAUCAAAACAGCUAUUAAUUGUAUCUUGACUAAAUUCGACACUCAUUGACUCCAAACAAAAACAACUCCCUUGCUUUAUAAUUCAUGUUCUGUGGACAGAUUUUGGGCGGAGUAAACCCUCUCGCUUCGUCUCUUCAUCGUUGACUCAACUAAUCAACAUGCAUACUCCAACCCGACAGGCGGCAGUGUUAUAUUGCAUUUGGAAGUUUACCCGCCAACGAAACGAAACACUCCAGAGAGGCCCCAUUCUACAUGAAUCAUCGCAUCGAGGACCGGUCAAGAUGCAAAAGUGGAACAAUGUGAAAUGGGAAAGGGAGCUUGGCGAUGGUGGACCCCCCUUUUGCUUUAGUUGUGAAAGGAUCUUUCCAGACCAAAUCUCAUUUCAUGACCACUUUUGUCCUGCGGCUGGUUACAUCUGCUCCUGUGGAACAGAGUUCUCCAUGUAUGUUGAUAUGAUGGACCACAGCGGGUUACAUGAACCAGGCCACACUGUAAUUAAUUAUAGCACCGUAAAGAAGGAACAAUAUCAGGGGGAGAGAGAGUACAAGGAGCAGCUUUCAAGGCUGGUAUUGACGGCGGGGCAGGGAAGCUGGGCUAAACCUGGACUGACUCCGAUGCUAUCGGCCACUAUGCCACGAGCCACAAAGCCUCCACCUGGUCCAAGUGCCCCAACAACAGACCUCUGGCACCAAUUCCAGCCAGUGGUGUUGGUGGAGACCCUGCGCAAGUUUGGAAGGACAAAGCCCUACAGGUGUGCCUACUGUGAACUGGGCUUUGCAACAAAAGACUUACUCGUACGGCACCACAACACUCAUGCAAGAAAUAAAGUCCAUGGCUGCCUGCAGUGCGGGGUUCUCCUGCUCAGUAACAACAAGUCACCACAGCCUGGCCACCACCAGUGUGGCUCAUAUCGGGCAACUCCUGAAACCAGAUUUACCACUGCCACAGUGCUGAGUAACAGGAAACAGCCUGUGGGGAAGGCUCAGAAGGUUGUCCAGCGUCAGCACUGUCCUGACCCGUUCAGUGGGGAGCUGCAGCUAGGGAUGCACAUGGUCUCACAGCAGCCUGUUCCAGGGACUUCUGGAACAAAAUACUUGAAGUGUAGAGUGUGUCAGGAGCCCUUCCAAACUGUCAAGCUGCUCGAGAGGCACCGUUGCACAAUGGCGGCAUCCUUUUUUGCGCAUGAACUGGGUCUAACAUCUGGCAAACAGCUUAAUGGUCACAGAAAAGGGAAGGAGGGGACCAGCCCAUACUCCUUUCCUCGAAGGAAUGGUGACAAGGAGCUGGCGUUCAACAUUCAAACUUCAGCGAAUGUAACUGUAUACGGCCACAAGGCAGUAGGCCCGGAUAGGGGCACCGGGUUGUCUGCCAUUUCUGUAAAGACUGAGGUUUCAGAUGAUGACUGUUUUGUGAUUGAGGAUGCGCUUUCGUGCUAGUCGGAACUAGGAAACUCUGAAAUUUCCGACUUGCUGACUGGUUGAGCACGUGUAUAACAACCAGUUAGUAAAUCGGAAAUGUCUGUGUUUCCUUGUUCUGACUUGCACGUGAAUGCGGCAUAAAAGCUCCUUCACCAAACCAAGUCAGCUGUCAUACCAACAAUGAACCUCUUCCCUCUCAGUACUACAGACAUGAACAGUGCAAAAAGAAUUCCCAAUGUGAACCCUCUGCAUUUGCAACAGACAAAUGUCUUCUAUGGGUAUGGGCCCUUUUUGUAAGGUACCAGUUUAACUCUAAUCUAACUACUCAAAAUACAACUAAUCUGUCAGUAGCCUAGGUAUUAUUUUAUUUUUUAUCAAUUGUGUGUUUGUCAAAUGAUAUUGAAAAUGUUACAUAUGCAGUAUCAAAUCAGUCUGGAUGGUUCAUAUAACCACAAACAUUGUAUGAAAGUUUGUCUUUUGAAAAUUCUGUUUUUUUUUUGUUUUUAUUUAUUUAUUUUUUUAACAGUAACUUUACUGAAAACUUGGUAUAAGCAGCAUUGGCCAUAUCGCAAGAACAUGUUGGUUCUUUUUAGCCAUUUCUGUGGUCUUGGAAUAAAAUAUUGUUUUUUUCCGCUCUCUCCCUUUCCUUUGUAGCAACUAAGGUGUAAUAAUCUGUGUUUUUCGUAUUUCAGGGACCAAGCAAUAGCUGCAGCCAUAAGUGAUUGCUGGAAAAUGCUAUACUGGACACUCCUGACCUGCAAAACAUUUUUUUUCUCCAGAGAUACUUAAAAUUGUGUUACGGUUAGAGGUAGGGUUAAGGUAAGAGACAGUUUAAGAUUUUGGUUAGUUGUUUUACAAGUCAGGGUCUCUUUUUUUUAGCCUCUGCCAAGAGAGCAUGAUGGAAAUGCAGAUCAUAUAUUCACUGAUUGCUUGGGAUAGCGCUCAGACAUAGUUUGUCACUUGUGAAUGCACAUAGCACACAAAAAUAGGGGUUUGUUGUCUUUAGAAUAUUUUUGCUAUCUCAUGAGAAUUUUAUACGCACUGCACUGUUUUUUUGGUAAACUUUUUUUUAUUUUACACCGGUUGUCCACCUUUGAUGUAGGCAGGCACCGCAACGCCAUUUCCGUCCUACCGGAUGUUGAGUGAGGAGAAAAAACAAUUGAAUCACGAAUACAAUAAGCUAACAUUUCAAAUUAUGGCACACACCACUGUAUCUGAACGUUGGCGAAAACAUCAAUGUUAUGUGCAAUGCAUUAUUUAUAAAUAUUGAUAUUUGUCGGGUUUAGACUACAACACGGUAUGUUGACAUUAGCUAGCUAGUAGCGUUCAUCAUGUCGACAGCUAUCUAACUGGUGGUUCGAGGACAAGUUUGCACUAACACAUUUUUGGAUAAUCUGGAUGUCAGAGGCCUCUAUGGGUUGUGGUGCCUACAACCUAUCAAUUUGAUUCAAGGCAUGGAAGACACAAGUUGGAACAUUCAAACCCAACAGAACAACACUACAUCAGUAUGUGAGAUGCAUGUGGGCUGUUUUUUGGUACUUGGAGACGGUAGUGGCCGUUACCUGGCUAGAUUGUGGUGGAAGACGAGACGCGUGGUUUGAACAAAAGCUGGGUGAUCGUUCUUGCCUGGGCUGCUAUUGGAGGAUCUACGUUGAACAUUUACAUUUUCGUCAUCAGUCCCGCCAGAGAGCCUACCUAAAAAUAAAGACACCAUCUGAAGAGAAGAUCAGCAAGGAGGUGGACAACUGCCAUAACAUGCCCCCUAUGAAGGAGCCCUUACAAAGACUCCAACUACAGAGAGAAAGUAAAAGCCAACAGAACAAAGUGGUGGCUGAACCCUCUGACACACGGUCACUACCAGGUACCCCUGUUUUGGCUGUCCUUCCUAAUCCCGGAGAGGUAAACUCUGGUGGCAUUAAUCGCAGAAGAAUGAGCACAAAGAUGCAGGCAAACAUGGAGAAAAUGCAUGUUAAUUCACAUGCUACUGGUCAUGGUAGAACUCAAUGUGAAAGUGCCAAUCCUGAAGUGCAUUUAUCACUUACUGGGAGUGAGCAAACAUUGAACUGUAUCACAAAGGAGCUGGUGGGUGUAACAAGGCCAGCAGCGGUAGACGUUGUUAGGAAACGUGGUCGCCCUCACAAGAAGGCAAAGAUGCUGCAUACUGUGCUACAAACAGUGGAGAGUUCUUCUCAUCUGAGCACUGCAGAAUCAAAGGAUUGGAGUGAAACAAUGUCUGACAGAGCGAAUUACAUUUCUUAUACUACAAACUGUGUAGAGAACAGGGAUGACACAUCUCUCAGAGCUAUUGAAACAAAAGCAAUAUCUCUAAACCGUGAACCAAGCAAUACAGCGGUGUCUGUUCUUGACUCGUCCCCCAAAGACCAUCAACCAGCUGAAUCCAGCCCUGUGGCUAUCUCACCUUUGGAACCAAAAAGGAAAAGGGGACGACCAAAGGGUUCGACCAAGAAACAACCAGGAAAAACCAUGAACACUAUUUCAGUAAAACAAUCCCAUGUAACAGAAGAAAAAAUGGCAAUUAAAAAGGAACCUGAUGAGAUGCUAUCUGAAGAGGAAAAGAGAGGAAACAUUGGUCCUCAGCCUGAGAAAACUCCUGUUGAACCUAAACACAGAGUAGGACGACCACCAAAGAAAACAACACUCGUGAGGCAGUUUGCGUUAGCACAGAGAAAAUCACAGAGAAAAUCAUGUUCUAUUACAGCAUCUGUGAAUUCCCAGGAUAUUCCACCUCAACAUCAGAAUAUUGAGACUGAGCGUUCACUAGAUUAUAUUGCAAGGCAUGUGUCUGUGUCACUUAGUCGCGUUGAUUCUCGGCGAGGUGGGACUGCUGACAUGAUCUCUAAUGUGAAGUGUGAGGAUAUUGAAAUAGAGCUGGGUGAUUUUAAUUCCCUGGCACAGUCAAAUUGUCUCAUGUCUUUUCAAUGCCACACUGACACCAGUGUGAAGGUUGAGUCCUGUAAUACUAGUUGUGAAGGCACUGAGUUCAAAAAGCCACUCAAAGUCGACAAAUCAGGAGAAACUGCUGGCACUGCUCCCAGAAAGCGAUCCCGGUUUGUUUUUGGAAAAACUAAAUACAAAAAAGGAAAGAGGAAAAGGUUCAUUGAUGAUAGAGGUAGACUCCAACGUGUGACCUCACAGGGAGAUCCAGACACCAUGUCAAAGCAGACCGAUGAAGGCAGUGGUGAUGUUGGAGAGGAGAUGGACUGUGGCGAGUCAGCUUGGGAGUAUGAGGGUAACACAAAUGACAGCUUUUCAAAUGAAAGUAAGUCAACAGAUGAAGGAUUUAAAGAUUUGCCUGAGAGUCACCAAAAUCCUAUCAUCACUGAUGUAAACAUAUUAGAAACUAUGUCGCAUGAGUCCUUUUCGAAAUCAGAUGUCGUACAAGGUGAAGAAUUCACAAGUAAAAAAAUCAAGGAAGAGAGAGAUGGUGCAGGCGAUGAAACUGAAUAUAACCCAACAAGCAGUUGUGGCCUGAAGGCUCGGGGGAGACCAAAAGGGAGACCAAAAGGCACAGGGAAAACGUGUGAGUACUGCGGUCGCCAUUUUGAUUUUGUGUCUGUAUAUACCGUCCAUCUACGCACUCAUACAGGCGAAAGGCCCUAUAAGUGCAUUGAUUGUGACCAAGACUUUGCCCAGCUAUCUAACUUAAAAAGUCAUGUCAAGAAACAUAACAAGCGCUGUCGGCCUCUGAAGUGUCCUUAUUGCAAAAUGAAGUUCAGUAAUUCAAAGGAAUUGCUUGCUCAUUGCAAGUGGCACUCGCAGAACCCGAACCAGGACUCUGAGUCUGGGAGUAAAACGAAGGAUAACAGAAAUGAGGCCACUCAUACACCCCUUGUUUCUCUGAAAGAAAGGAGAAAAAGGGGAAAGGGGGGGAUACUCAAAUGCCACAUUUGUGGGAAAGUGUUUCCCUUUUGGUCUGGUCUGCAGGUUCAUAUACGUAUGCACACUGGGGAAAAACCAUAUAUCUGUAAAGUAUGUGGGAAAGCCUUUAGUAAUCGCUCAUCAAUUCGUAUUCAUGAGGUGACACACUGGUCCAUUAAGCCUUACAACUGCACACGGUGUGGGAAGAGUUUCACUCAGUUGUCGUCUGCAAAAAAACAUCCCUGCAAGGGUCUGAGGGAGAGUAAUGACAGAGAGGGCCGGAAGAAGCCUUUCAUAUCUUUUACAUGCCACAUCUGCGAAGAGAGAUUUGUUCAGAGGCGUCAGUACAAAACCCACCUGAAAACCCAUGCUGGUGUGAAGCUCUUUCGCUGUUUAUUCUGUGACCAGCUGUUUAGUGUGAUGUCAGAAUUUGAAGAGCACCACCAAUAUUGCACCAAAGUUAGGGGGGAGAAGAUGACAUCCAAAUCUGAAUUUAGGAUUUGGAAACCUAGAGCCCCUAAUCAGCAAAGAUCGCAGCAACCAAGUGUCAAGAGUCAUUCACCAGUCACCCAAUUAGUAUUUCCUGCAGCUGCUGAUAGUCAACCAUUUCAGAACCUUGGACAGACUUCAGCUUCCUCUGUCUCGUUGUUGAACUGUGAACCUACCCCACAGCAAAAAUCAAGUGGUCAUCAGUCUUCACAAACACAUGCCAAUAAAGCCAUUGCUACAACUCUGCGCCCCUUCCAAACAUGCAUUAUACCCACAAAUAAUCUCACCCCACUUGUAUCAAAGUUGAACAGUCUAGAUUGUAAAUCUGACCCGAGGAAGUACUUCUGCCCACGUUGUGGAAGACUUUUCAGACACACAGGAAGACUCAGAGCCCACAUGCUAACUCAUGCCCACAGUCAGAGCUACACCUGUGACUGCUGUGGAAAGACCCUGGAAAGCUGGAAAAAGCUUUGGCUUCACCAGCGAAUCCACAGACAGAAACUAGGACGGUUCUCAUGUCCAAAGUGUCGCCAAGGUUUCCGCUUCGUUGGGCCCUACAAGCAGCACAUGCUGCGAGAACAUCCGGAGUACCAGUGGAUCGAUGAGAGACCAAACAAAACUCUCCAAGGACUUGACCAGCAGCAGUGCCUGCCUUAUCAAUGUGAGGAGUGCAACGCCAGCUUCAGGACACUAGAUAUGCUUUUCAAUCAUCAGCUUUGCCAUUCCUCACCAGGUGACCACAGUAUGUGGAUACAGGACGACUGCUAUGAUUACUCUCCCUCGACACAUGAACAUGAUGUACCUUCCAACAUGAAUGGAUUUGACCCUCACAUGAACAGUGGAGUAACACACUCCCAUCAGGAACUCCACCAUACCUACUACCCUUCUCCGCCUCUACAAGCAAACCACCCACGAGGUUCACAUCUCCUUCAUUACUUUUCCAAUCAUUCAGACCUACUACAUUCACUGUCACCCCUUAUACCUGUGCCUCCCCCAAUGCAACACCCAGGUUUCCAACCAGGCCUCCGGUCUUAUGACUCCACCCAGCCGCUCACAAGCCCUCUAUCGCCACUAUACUCACAGGUAAAGAUCAUUCCAUACCCUAACAGAAAAGAUGGGAAUGUAAACAGGAAGCGGAGUAGAAUUUAUGGGAAUGCGACUAAACGUGCUGCUAGAUCCAAGGAGGACAAGGCGACAAUGAGAGGUUUGGAUUGUGCGGAGUGUGGUGUUCAGUUUCCUGCUGUCUCACAACUCUAUGAGCAUUAUUUGCAGCAUGCAAGGGGAGAGGUGUAAGAAGUGAAAAUGAGGAACCUUUUUCUAUCACAAAGGCACGUUAUCCCCCAUCUCUUUCUCAGAGGUUUACCUCUAUCAGUUUAGAAAUUACUCAUACGUCAACCAACAGUGGCAUUUUUAACACAGAGGUUGUUGUAUUGAUGUGUUUGAGUGAAUAUUCUGUUGAAUGGAGAUUGUUACUCUGGUUGCUUGUUGGUCAUUAGGGAAGCUGAUUACUUUUGGUUGUUAUUUGAAUGACUUACAUUGAUCAAUUUUAAAUUGACAGUAUUUAAUUUUUCGUUGGCGAGUGUCCCUUAAUCUGAAAAGAUGGUCAGUGCUUUUAUACACUUCAGUAGUUUUAGCAGGUUUUGAGACGAGGACAGAUCAUGCCCUGCAAUCUAUUUUUCAAUGGAAGUUUGAGUGUAAAUUACAAUGCUUGAUCAUGGAACAUUACGAGGUAUGACAAUGUCAUUGUUAACCUCUUCCUGUCAGACUCUGAUUCUCAACUGAUGAUUUAUGUAAUUUAGGCUACCAAUACAAGUGAUUAAUAUCUAUUUUAAUUCUGUCCAUUUAUUUAAAAGAAAAUUAUAAACCUCAUGUUUUGCAUGUUAGUCAUUUAUACUGUGGUUGUGUUCAUUUGUAACUUAUGCAAAAAUAAUAUUUUCACUGCCAGUACUCUAGUCUUUUUAACUAAUAGGCCUACAUUCCCUCAUGUUUACAGAAAGUUAUUUUGUUUAGAAAAGCCGUUCUUGUUCUGUUGCUGAUGAACUGACAGCUGUUUACAUACUGUAUAUUUUACUUUCCAGUUUCACUCAGUUAUUAAUGUGUCAGACAAAAAUAAAAGCCACCUUUCUAA